AUGGGCCGGGGUGGACCAGCUGAGAGCGAGAGGGGUCCCGGCGCCCAACCCCACAUCUGUCACGGACAAAAGAUUGGCAAUAAUGAGGGGGGGAUGCAGGGGCAGGCCAUGACCUAUGGAAAUGACUCUGGGAGCCCCGUUGGGCCCAUUGAGGGGGCUGCCUUGCAAUGCUACUGCCAGCGCUGCCCCAACUCCACCUGCAACACGGAUGGCCUCUGCUACGCCUCCGUCACCAAAACAGGCAACCACAUGACCAAGAAGCAAAGCUUUUGCCUGCGCGACGACGAGCUUUUCCCGCGUGACCGGCCCUUUCUCUGCGCCCCCUCAACCAAGGACGGCACGGGCAUCUACCCUAUGUGCUGCAACACGGACCUCUGUAACAAAAAUCCCAACUUUGUCAUUCCCGUUCCGACGGUGAAGCCUCCGUCCCUGGGUCCAGUGGGCUUGGCGGCAGUGAUCGCAGUGCCGGUGUGUGUACUGUGCUUCUUACUGGUGACCAUCUUCUACUUCUGCCACAGUCGAUCAGUUAUCCACCACCGCGUACCCAACGAGGAGGACCCCUCCAUGGACCACCCCUACAUUACCGUGGGGACCACCCUCAAGGACCUCAUAUAUGACAUGACCACCUCUGGGUCCGGCUCAGGCCUUCCGCUGCUGGUGCAGAGGACGAUCGCCAGGACCAUCAUCCUGCAGGAGAGCAUCGGAAAGGGCCGUUUCGGCGAGGUGUGGCGCGGCAAGUGGCGCGGCGAGGAGGUGGCCGUGAAGAUCUUCUCAUCGCGCGAGGAGCGCUCCUGGUUCCGCGAGGCCGAGAUCUACCAGACAGUCAUGCUCCGCCACGAGAACAUCCUGGGCUUCAUUGCCGCCGACAACAAAGAUAACGGGACAUGGACUCAGCUGUGGUUGGUGUCGGACUACCAUGAGCAUGGCUCUCUGUUCGAUUACCUGAACAGGUACACUGUGACGGUGGAGGGCAUGAUCAAGCUGUCGCUGUCCACUGCCAGCGGUCUCGCACACCUGCACAUGGAGAUCGUCGGCACUCAAGGUAAGCCAGCCAUCGCUCACCGAGACCUCAAGUCCAAGAACAUUCUGGUGAAGAAGAAUGGAACCUGCUGCAUCGCCGAUCUGGGCCUUGCCGUGCGCCAUGACUCGGCCACCGACACUAUCGACAUCGCGCCCAACCACCGAGUGGGCACCAAGAGGUAUAUGGCCCCGGAGGUCCUGGAUGAUUCAAUAAAUAUGAAGCAUUUUGAGUCGUUCAAGAGGGCAGAUAUCUACGCCAUGGGCCUUGUGUUCUGGGAAAUCGCCAGCAGGUGUUCGAUUGGUGGUAUCCAUGAAGACUACCAGCUUCCCUACCAUGACUUGGUGCAGUCAGACCCCUCAGUGGAGGAGAUGCGUAAGGUGGUGUGUGAGCAGAAACUUCGACCCAACAUUCCUAACAGGUGGCAGAGCUGUGAGGCUCUACGGGUGAUGGCCAAGAUCAUGAGGGAGUGCUGGUAUGCUAACGGGGCAGCCCGGCUAACGGCUCUACGCAUCAAGAAGACCCUCUCUCAGCUCAGUCAUCAGGAGGGUAUCAAGAUGUAGAAUCCCCACCCCAUCUGCACCCAAAUUCCAACCAACCCCACCCAACCACCCCCCCCCCAACCCCGUUCAGACCCACAGACUCCGCCAUAAACCCUAAAUGUCAUUGCAAUUGUCCUUAUGGUUUAUUAUCAUCAUCGUGGUGAUCAUGAGAAGAAACUGUGCCACUCCGGUUCUCCCUGCUAGUGAGGAGGACCACUAAACCUGGCGACUGAGUUUCUGUCUUGUUUCAUAACCUGGAGUAAUGAAUGGUCAGUCUUCUCUAUCGGGAUGGAAAGGCAGUGAUCAUUGUUGGGACAGGGGUACCGGGAGGGGUGAUUUAAAAAAAUAAAUAUAAAAAAGAGUGGUGGACUGGACCUGAGUGCCCUUCAGCCAUUAUCAGCGACUCACCGGAUGGUGUGUUGGCAACCCUUGUCUGCGUCCUCAGUUGUGAUUGGUCAGAUUUGCUGCUGUGCUGUGGUUGAAUUGAGAUGUGCGCUCAUGAUUUGGCUAUUGGCUCACCUCUGGUUCAGUUCCCCAGUUAGCAACGCCCUCGGCCAAACGGGACGGACACUCCAAACCUGACCAAGGUCAUAGGUUACGGUGGGAGGGGUGCAGGAGUCAGGCAAGGGUGGACCCUCUUUGGAUGUUCAGGGACCAGCCUGCUUUCAAUGCUGUUCUUUAAAGACUGACUGAAACAAUUACAUUUGUCAUGUUUUCUGCUUUUUUUUAAAUUUCAUGACAAAAAAGAAAUGAUUGCUCUGUGGAACAUUUUGCACCUUUUUUUUCCCCUUGUAUUUCUGUUCUUGUACUCACCGCUGCGGUCUUCAGGUCAGUGUAACUUAUUUGUCAUAACUAUUUUUUUUUUUUCCAAACACACUAGACAUGACCUCAUUUUCACUCUUGGCAAACAUGCUGUGACAUAUGCAAUAUAGAUAAAUCCAUAUCUAUUUUAUAUAUAUAUUAACUGCUCUGCUACAACAACUACCAACAACAACACGUACUUCUACUACAACACAACCAUGCCUUCCAAACCAGAUGUUACCGGAAAGUGCCAAUGCGCUAGAACCACCAAUCUCUACACCCACGCUGCCAAGGAGACCCCUUACCCCCACGCAAAGAUUUUCAGUCUUCACUGGUGAAAAACUAGGAUGAGCAGAGAUCCUUACAGGGACUGUUGGCAGUGUCCCUGCUUUGCUGUUG